AUGUCCUCCUCCUCCUCCUCCGGACGCGCGCGAACCCUCGCCGCGGGAAGCGCGCCCGCGUCGCUCUCCCCCGAGGUGCGAUCGCGCGUGGUGACGUCCAUCACCGGCAGCAUCAAGUUCGGCGCGCCGAUGUUCAACGCCGGCGACGCCGCGGGGUGCGUGAAACUCUACCGCCAGACCGCGAUGGGGAUCGUCCGCGACGUCGACGUCGACAGCGACGCGGUCAAGUCGACGCUGCGAGACGCGGUCGCGCGCGCGGACGGGAUCGCGACGGAGGGUGGCGAGACGGACGCGGCGAUGCGCUCCGCGGCGUGGGCGCUGCGUCGCGGCCUCGACGCGGUCGUGAACAUCCUCCUGGACCCGCCCCCGGACGAGCCGAUCGUGUACAGCGCCGCGAGAGCGACGACGGGAAACGCGGGAAACGAGGAGGACGCGCUCGAAGGCCCGGGGGGCGUCCAGCGCGGCGCCGCGAGCGCGCCGUCCGAGGCGGACGACCCGUGCCCCGCGAUCUUUGAUUUCGCCGCCAACCCGGACGCGGCGUCGCGGUGGCGGUCCAUGAACGACGGCGUCAUGGGCGGCGUCAGCGACGGGAUGAUGCUCCCGAGGGCGGACUUAGGGUGCGCGCGGUUCACCGGGUGCGUGCGGACGGAGAAUAACGGCGGGUUCGCGUCCGUUAGAGCGUCCAUGGGUAGCGGCGUCGACAUGAGCGCGUUCAGCGGGCUCUACGUCGACGCGAGAGCCGGCGACGCGGAGAGCGCGGGGAAGCGGUACCUGCUCGUCGUGAAGGACGACGAGGCGAUGACGACGCAGGUGAACUUUAAGAGCGCGUUCGCGAUCAAGGCGGACGAGUUCGGCAGGGUGAAGGUGCCGUUCACCGCGUUCGAUCGACCGGAGCGGAUGGGUCGAGCGGUGAUGCGCGGCGCGCUGCGCGCGGAGGCGAUGUGCGAGAUUGGCUUGAUGGUGUUGAAGGGAGACCCGGAGCAGCUGGGGACCUUCAACGUGGACGUGCGAGCGAUCGGGGCGUACAAGUGA